AUGACCGAUGCAGACGGCAGUCCCGUUUUACUCAAUCGGGCCUGGGGUCCCGAACGAGCCAAGACAGAGAAAUUGGAUGUACUCCGACGCUGUAUUGCCAUCGUGCUGGCUAGGCAGCCGGCUAAUCAGCCACAACAUUGGGCAUUUGAAUGCAACGAAAACAGUGGUGGGGAGACACAGAAGGGGAGGAAGGCCCGAGACGAGCAACAUGACACCUUUCUGGACGUGGAAGCAGUCUGGCGCUGA